CAGCAUCCUGCGCAGCGCUGGAGUUCACAGAUCAAGAAGCCAGGUACUAUCAGCAGACUGAGUGGAGAAAGUGCCAUGCUGAGCCCCAGCUCCUGUAAGAGGCAGCUGGCUAUGGAGAAGGUCCAUGAAGACACAGCCCAGGACAGGUGCCACCAGCACAGCAUCAGGGGGCAUUCUACUUGUGGGCUGCUCCUUCUCAUCAUCUUAGUAUCCUGGACCAGCAUCUGUGAAGGUGCACCAUUUUCAUCCUCUGUGCUUAGAGUAGAAGAAGAGCUGCAAUUGAGGAAUGGGAUCAAUGAUGCAUGUUCUGCUGUGCUGUCAGAUUCCCAGCCUGCGGUAAGUACUUAUGAAUUUUUUCCCCCAUUUACUAUGGUAUAA